UAUUGGACGUGGCGCAACCAAUCUUAGGUCCCCUGUCUUGUUAUUCAGCACCAUAGGAACUAUGGGGAAAAUUGCGAGCAUAGAAUACUUCAGAGUACCUCCGCGCUGGCUAUUCGUAAAGAUCACAGACGAAGAUGGCAACGUAGGCUGGGGGGAAGCUUCUCUGGAAGGGCACACUCAAGCAGUGGAAGGGUGCUUGGAUGCCUGGAUCGAGAGAUAUAUAGGAUAUGAAGCAGACGAGAUCGAACACAUCUGGCAGAUGUGCUGGCGCACAAGCUUUUACCGCGGAGGACCCGUCUUCAUGAGUGCAUUGGCAGGCCUUGACAUCGCCUUAUGGGACCUCAAAGCCAAGAAGCUCGGGGUACCGAUCCACCAGCUUUUGGGCGGGAAGCUACGAGACAAAUUGAAAGUUUACGCAUGGAUAGGCGGUGACAGACCAUCUGAUGUAAAAGAGCAAGCCGAAGCCCGAAAGAAGCAAGGUUUUACAGCAGUCAAGAUGAACGCUACCGAAGACCUCGGCUGGCUUGACUCACCAGCCGCUCUCGAAUCCUCUGUCGCACGACUGCAAACUGUAAAAGAAUUAGGUAUGGACGCAGGAAUGGAUUUUCACGGUCGCGUACACAAGCCCAUGGCGAAGCAACUAGCCGCAGCCCUCGAACCCCAUCACCCACUCUUCAUCGAAGAGCCGCUUCUCUCUGAGCAUAUAGUUGGUAUCAAGGAGCUUUCCCAGCAUACAUCAAUCCCCAUUGCCCUGGGAGAACGCCUGCACAGCCGUUGGGAUGUUCGUCCGUUUCUGGAAGCCGGUUGUGUAGAUAUCUUGCAGGUCGAUAUCGCACACUGCGGUGGCAUUUCUGAACUCAAGCGCAUCGCCGCGAUGGCGGAGACAUAUGAUGUUGCGCUCGCGCCGCACUGUCCGCUUGGUCCAAUUGCGCUGGCCGCGUGUAUACAGGUUGAUGCCACGUCUGCGAAUUUCGCGAUCCAAGAGAUGAGUUUGGGAAUUCACUAUAAUGCUGGCAGCGAGGAUCUCACAAGUUAUGUUAAGAAUCCAGAGGUUUGGAAUGUCAAGGUUGGGGGAUAUCUGGAGCUGAUGAAUGGCCCAGGACUGGGAAUUGAGAUCGACGAGGAGUGGGUUAGGAGGGAGAGCAAGGAAGCAAAGGCGUGGGUGUCUCCAGGAUUUAUUGGUCCUGGUGGUGAGAUUAGGGAGUGGUAG